AUCUCAUCUCGCUUCAUACUCGUCGGAGUGUGUGACGAGAGAUUGCCGCAGAGGAAUCGCGAUGUACGGAAUUUAUUACAUCCCCGAGGAUCCAUCCGCUGAGGGUUAAUCAGGAUCAGAUUUACACAAAAGAAUUAUGCGGUGGUUCGGUUCGCAGGCCGAGGCUCCCCCGAGACUUCUGAGGCUGAGUCCCCUUCGCCCUGAAGAAGACCCGGAAGCCGCGAUGCUGAGGCUGCACGUGACGGGCUCGACGCGAUUAAGAGACAUGUCACCGCUUCGAUGGGUCAGACGGAAGUCCUCGAGCUCGGAAUCGGAGCGUAACUGUUACAACGUGCAGACAUCGGAGGUUACGACGGAGCGAGUGGCGUCCUCAAAGAAAGAGAAGCAGAAGCGGUCGCAGGAGGACCGUCGUCGUGGGGCUCGAGAGAAGCGGAACCCGCUUUUGGACCGGGUGCGAAACGCACGGCUGAGCUUCUUCCGGGAGCAGGAUCCUCCGGGGGACCAGGAACACCAAGGGCUGAGUCUGAACGCGGACGAACGACUGAACGAGAUGGUGCGAUUGAGGGGGGGGCGGCCGCCUAGCGUUAACGAGGACCGACGAUCCCUCUGCUGCAGCGAAGUCCAGCUUUCGUCGAGGGCGGAUCUGCAGGAGCGGUCACUGCGGGGCCGGAAACGUCGAUCCAAGUCGCAGAGCCGAUUGCCGAGCGCCGCGCCGGACGAAGAGGACGUCGCGACGCCGUUCUCCAGCUGCUCGCUUUUGGGCCCGACGAUAUCCUCGUCGGACGACGUCUGCGGUCCAGAAAACUCCCGGGCGUCUAGGUCGAGGUGGUACAACGGAAGUGAGGCUGGAUUUGAUAGCGUCACGCCGUCGAGUUGUCUCGCGGCUAAGUUCAGGGCGAUGCAGGAUCGGUACCUGAAGAGCUCGACCAGUCGACUGAUCGCCAAGUUCUACAAACGUGAAACACAGCCUGAUCCUGAGGCCUCCGAACGACGUCGACUCCGCAGCUUCUCCUACGGCACGCUUCCUGGACUCGAUGAACUCCGGACCAACCCCCUCUACGUCGACAACGAACCCGAGGACGACAACGACUCUGGUAUCCUCGACAAUGACUCCGCCACCAGCUCCCUACUCGACGAUCGUUACGACGGCGCUGAUCCUCCUCCGAGACUUCCACCCCGCAGGACUUCCGUCCCGACACUUCUACCCGGGAAGAGAGGCUGCUCCGUCAUGGGACUCUCUUGCAGCAACGUCGCUCUUGGGAUCGAACGUGAUCCUUUGGGCAAGGCGAACGUUUAUCAGGCCACAAACUCCGAGCUUCUCACGAGGCGGGAGGCCGACGAAACCGCGGUGCCUCCGAGGGGGCAACCCUUGUCCGUCGUCAGGGACAGGUCCUACACCCCGGAGACGAUCGUCGUCCGACUAACGCGCGAGGAGGUGGACCAGUCACUGGGGAUCUUCAUCGCCAAGACACCCGAGGCCAGGCCAGGAUACCUGGUGGCCCACGUCGUGCCAAACGGACUGGCGGAUCGGGAAGGAACGCUGAGGAUAGGGGACGAGAUCCUGGUGGUUAACGGACGUCGGUUGAGAGGCUGCACCAUGGCGGAAGCUCGGCGACUACUGGCCGGGGGUGGGACGCAGCUCGAGGUCGUCGAUAUCGUGGUCUCUAGGAUGCGACGAGUCUCCGACGAAGAGCAGGACGAAGCCAGGCACCACGGGAGGGCCAGGAAGCUCAGGGAGAGCAGCGUCGACUACGAGAACGUCCUAGUCGAGAACGGGCACGGCCUCAUCCCCGAGGUCGUCGUCUCCUCCCCGAAGUCGCAUUUUCGCAAACACCACUCCAGGGCUCAUCGCGAUCCUCGAAGCGACUCCAGCGUAUCAAUUUGCUCGGAGAAGUCGAGCCCGUCGUCUUCUCACUCGUCCCAGUCCUCCCAUAGCGUAUCGACAUUCUGCACCCUCCCCAGGCGACCCCGAAGCACAGUUUCUACCUUUCACACCGUCGUCUUCGAGAAAGGAUCCGGGAAGAAAUCACUCGGGUUCACAAUCGUCGGUGGAAAGGACAGCCCCAAAGGAAGCAUCGGUAUUUUCGUCAAGUCAGUACUGCCUGGAGGCCAGGCUGCCGAAGAUGGCCGACUGCGAGCUGGGGACGAAAUUUUGGCAGUCAACGGUCAGGUCUGUCACCAUUUGGCGCACAGGGAGGCGGUUCAGCUGUUCCGUAAUAUCAAGCGCGGAUCGGUUGCUCUUCAUCUCUGCAGACGUGCGAAGCACCGGGAACCGCAAACCCAGAAGGCCAAGUCGUGCGCAGACCUUUUACUUGCCGACGCGUAGCUUGGAAUUUUUUAAGAAAGUUUUGAAUAUUGGUACAAACGACGUUGUACAUAAUGAAAUACUGUAUAUAUUUGUAAAAAGUUGACAAGAAAUAAAAUAAA